AUGUCAGUUAUGAGUUAGAAUAACGAUCCUUUAAUGAAAUAGAGGGACAACAAUCGUCAAUAAAUCACAUCUUUAAGUAAGAUUAGAUAGUUUCAUACUUUAGAUCAAUUGUCGAAUUUGUAUGGAAAGUCUAAGCCUGGUGAAUUGGCAUAAUCACUAGUUUAUGGUGAUAAACCAAAAAAAGAGAACAAUCGUCCAUCAAAAUAAAUGUAAACAACUGUAUCUGAGAAACCUAACUAAUGGUAAACUAGAACAGUAGCUGUGUCUCCUUCUAAAUUUACAGUGCUUUCUUAAUAACUUUAUAAUCAUAUUCCAGAUACAUUAGAAGCAUAGAAAUCAUAAAGAGCCUUUCAUAUUAAAGAUUAGAAACUGCUAUUGUCUCCUGAGAGGUUACAUUCAUUACCUAAUUAAAAUGGAGAUAAGACUCCUGAAGUCUGCAAUAGACUUAUAGAAUAUAAAACAUUUGUAAGUGAUAAGAAACAAACACUUAAAGAAUAAUUAGAUGCUGAAUAUUUGAGUUAAUGCAGCUUUUAACCAUAAAUAGAUGAGAAGAGUAGAAAAAUGGCUAUAAAGGCUACUAAUCAAGAAGUUCGUUCGGCUGAUGAAUUUCAUGAAUAAUAAAUGAGACAUCUCUAAAAAGUCAAUGAAAAGAGAGAAGUACUCUAAAAACAAUAAGAAGAAGAUGAAAAGGCUGAAUUAUCUAGUCCUAAAUUAACAGUUAAAACUUAGAAAUUAACACUCAAAUAUUGUGAAUAGCCUUUAGUAGAGAGAUUACAUGAAGCUAAAUCUAAAACUUAAACCUUAACGGAUUCUACUCUCAAUCAUUCAUUUAAACCUUAGAUAUCCAAGAAAUCAAAGGAAAUUAAAAGAGAAGAAUCAGUUUAAGAUUUUUUAUAUAAUGAUGCUAAAAAUAGAUUAGAAUAAAAGAAAUAAACUGAAACCAUGAUUCCAUAAUCUGUAAUAUCUCCAACUGAUAAAAGUUAAUCUUGGUUUGUUUAAAGAUUUAUCAAGGAAUUCUAUUAUUAAUUGAGUGGAUUAGAUAGAGUAUAAGAGACAAAAGAUUAUUCAAAGAUCUAUUAAGAAGAUUUUUAGAAAAUAUUAGAAGGUUUGGGAUUUGGAUAAUGUGAUAUGUUAUGGAAUGAAUUGAAUAAUGGAUUUUAUGUAUUAUCAAGAAAUCUAUUGGUUAUAUUAUUAGCCAUUUAAGCAGUACCAUAACACUUAAUAGAGAUUCCAUUAUAUAAACCUAAGGUUGAAGAAAAUAUAUAAGUGAAAUCAAAAUAUUAAUGUGAUGAGAAUGGAAACUUAAUAUUGAGUGUUAGUGAUUGUUAAGAAUUGCAUAGGAUGUUUUAUAAAUUGUAUUUGAAUACAAAAUAACAGAAUGGGAAUGGAGUAAGAAGAAGAAUGGCUCGUUCUCCAUAACCUGAGAUUAGAUGUGGAUCACCAAAAAUAUCAGAUAGAACAAAAUAAUUAGCUGAGGUUAAAAGAUAAGAUUCAAAUUUAUUUGAUUGGUUUAGCUAAUAGGAAGAGAAGAAGAAAUAGAGUUUAGAAGAUUUAAAGAAAUAAGUAGAAGAAGAAAGAAUGAAAGAAUGUAAAUCAAUUUAAAGAGAAAUUACAAUAGACUUAAAUCAAUUAGCUAAACCUCUUUAAAAAUAAGAAGAUCGAACAACUGUAGAUGUUGAAUUUGACAAUUAAUAAUAGCAUUGCACUUUUUAACCAUAAAUUAGUAAACCUGCUUAAAAGACUCAAGCAAGUAAUUAUGCUGUUUAAGAAAUGGAGAAAUAAGCAGCUAGAAUGAAGGAAGCAAGGUUAAGAUAAAAAACUCUAAGUAAUUUAAAAAACAAAGGAACUACUACUAAUAAUACUAGCAGAAGAAAGGAAAAAUGUGUUACUGAAAAUGAACUCAAUAAUGAACCAAAAUAAAAGAAAAGUAAAAGUAGACCAAUCAGUGAUAAAAGCACUCCUAUGUUAUAUGUAGAUGUCAAAAUUGAAGAUGGUAAAAGUGCAAGGAUAGUAGUGUUUGAAGGAGAUACUUCUGUCAGUUUAGCUAAUAAAUUCGCUAAAGAACAUAGUAAUUAUAAUUUCUAUAUUUUAUUAGAAUUGGAUGAAACUAUGAAAGAAAAACUUAAGGACUUACUUGAUUAAUAAAUUAAUUCCUAUUUAAUGAAGAUUGAAGAAGAAUAAGAGUAAGAAGAUGAUUGAUAUAUAUAUACUAAACAUAUUCAUUAUAUUUAUUAAAAUGUG